AUGCUCUACGCGGCCUGCUGGAGCGAUAGCGAGAAAAGAUGGGGAAGCUCCACUUUGGACCUCAACUUGUGCUAUGAAUUUGCAAACGACAACAUCCGCCCAGCUUCCAAAAUAGACGAUGAGAUCUCUAAUGAUGACGGUGUCUUGAAAUGCGGUGACAACGCCGGCAGUUGGGGCGAUGGAUCUGUACUGGAUGGAAUGGAUGGGUUGCUUUUUUAA